AGCUGUUAGGAAACAUGUAUGUAACAUCCCGUUUUUAGCUUCAUCUUUGACUAACGUUACAGCACUGCAGGACCAGUUCAGCGCCAGCGGACAUUAGCUAGAACUCAGAGAUGUUACUCUCUUCAGUACGGACAACCAUCUUUUGCGGUUGCAGAAGUGCCAGCAAGGGAUUUCAAUACAGCAAUCGGAGUCCACAGCUCCGACAAUGGCUUGUGAAAAGAAGUCAGAGCACCAUCACGGCGGAAGCAGGGGCCUCCUCCACCCCAGCAGCAGCUGCUGUUCCCAACGCAGCCACAAAUCGCAUACUAGGUCGCUGGUUACUCGGCUGCAGCGGACUGGUGGUUGGGGCUGUUGUCUUGGGUGGUGUCACAAGGCUGACAGAAUCUGGGCUUUCCAUGGUUGACUGGCAUCUGGUGAGAGAGAUGAAGCCUCCUCAGUCACAAGCAGAGUGGGAGGCUGAGUUUUCUAAGUACCAACAGUUUCCUGAAUUCAAAAUAAUGAACCAUGACAUGACGCUGCCAGAGUUUAAGUUUAUCUUCUACAUGGAGUGGGGUCAUCGUAUGUGGGGAAGGCUGGUUGGACUUGCUUACAUCCUACCCACUGUUUACUUCUGGAAGAAAGGAUACUUCACUCGCUCCAUGAAGGGAAAAGUGCUCGGGCUUUGUGGAUUUGUCUUCUUCCAGGGCCUUCUGGGGUGGUACAUGGUAAAAAGCGGUCUGGAGGAGAAGCCUGAGUCUCAUGACGUCCCGCGGGUCAGCCAGUAUCGUCUGAGUGCUCACCUUGGUUCUGCCUUGCUGCUUUACUGUGCCAGUCUCUGGACCGGGCUCACUCUGCUGCUGCCUACACACAAGUUGGCAGAAACCCAACGUCUCAUGCAGCUUAGGAGGUUUGCCAAGGGGACUGGUGGACUCGUCUUCCUUACUGCUCUUUCAGGUGCAUUUGUUGCUGGUUUGGACGCUGGGCUGGUGUAUAACUCCUUUCCUAAGAUGGGAGAGCGAUGGAUCCCAGAUGAUCUAUUGGCAUUCUCUCCAGCCCUCAAAAACAUUUUUGAAAAUCCCACAACUGUGCAGUUUGACCACAGAAUUUUGGCGAUCUCCUCUUUGACUGCGAUUACAGGCCUCUACAUGUUCUCAAGGAGGAUGAUGCUGCCCAGGAGGGCUAAGAUAGCCAUCAGCCUCCUCACAGCAAUGGCCUAUGGACAGGUUGCCCUCGGCAUCAGCACCCUGUUACUGUAUGUCCCCACUCCACUGGCAGCAACUCACCAGUCUGGCUCUGUGGCUCUUCUCUCGCUGGCCAUUUGGGUUCUGGCAGAACUCAGGAAAAUGCCCAAGUAAAUGCCUGCUCCUUUAUGGGCAAAUCCAAUCCCUACUAGCUGCACCUUAAGUCUCUAAGAGACAGCAGUGUCACUGUUAACGAGGCCUUCAGAGAGAAGACUGAAAACAUGUUAAAAACUGAUAAAUGUUUAAUUUAACACUGGACUAAUAUGCAAAUGCUAAACAUGAAGUCUGUGAUGCUGCAAUGUAAUCAUCAUGUGGUGACUUUGCAGUAUUUCAUCACAUUGUCAUUAAAGCAGGAGUGUCAUUUGAGUGUUGUUGAUAAAGUCAAUAAGUACAAUAAGGCUGUCAAUGAAAAACAGACUGAAGCUUUUGUGGAUACCUUUUGUUAUUUCACAUUAAGAACUUUUGUUUUGCAAGGAUUUAAACACAGAUGUGCAAAUUCAAGCACAUUUUCAGUUUCUAACGCUGUAAUGACACAGCAACAGGAUUUUCAAUGAAGGAUGCAUAUUUGGUUUGCAGCCAGCCAGAGUUCUGCAGGAAUACCUUACGAUUUAUUUUGUAAUUGUAUACAGCUUUAACAGGAUGUUCUGAUUGCCUGUUGCCUUGUGUUUGGUUACACACUGCCUGUUAGUUGAAUCAGAUGUAGCUGUUGGGAUUGUAUGUAAAAUUAUGUAUAUUUAACUUAUGAACCUUUUCUUGCUGACAUUGUGGUGAUGUAUAAUGAGGUUAAAACAUGUAG